CCCGCCCCUCCCCUCGGUGAGUACCCGGAAGCCGUUCUGGGGUCGCAGUGGGGUAGCCGCUUGUUUCGCCUUCACGGGCGUAGAAGGAGGCGGCGUCUGUUCGCGGCCGACAGUGGUUUGCUUCCCCGAGAGUGCGCGGAGGCCCGGGUGCGAGGAGGGUCUGUUUUUCUUCAGCCCUGGUUCCUUCACCUCGCGGACCUAGGGCCCCGCGGUCAGGAGCCGGCGACCGUGCCCUGGUGCGAGCUGUGAUGGUCAUUGUCCUCCAGAGCAGUGAUGGAGGAAAUACCAGCCCAGGAAGCAGCAGGGUCACCAAGGGUCCAGUUUCAGUCUUUGGAGACCCAGUCUGAGUGUCUGUCCCCAGAGCCUCAGUUUGUGCAGGACACCGACAUGGAACAGGGACUCGCUGGGGCUCCACCUGUUCCCCAGGUGCCUGCUCUUCCCUGUGAGGGAAGCCCAGGAGACCAGGCAGCUGCGCUCUUGACAGCCAGGUACCAGGAGUUUGUGACAUUCGAGGAUGUGGCUGUGCACCUUACUCGAGAGGAAUGGGGAUACCUGGACCCUGUUCAGAGGGACCUCUACAGAGAAGUGAUGUUAGAGAAUUAUGGGAACGUGGUCUCACUGGGAUUUCCAAUUUCCAAGCCUGAUGGGAUCUCCCAGCUGGAACAGGAUCUACAGGUCUUUGAUCUGGAAACUAAGACUAGAGAAGUCUUAAGAGGUGACUGCUCAGAUGGAGAGACCAGAGAAGAAAACAAGCUGUCGAUUCCUAAGCAGAAAAUUUCGGAAGAAGUACAUUCGUACAAAGUGAGAGUAGGAAGACUCAAACACGGUAUUACCCAAGUUCCUGAGACUAGAGAAGUGUAUAAGUCUGAGGACAGAUUAGAAAGGCUUCAGGAAAUUCUAAGGAAAUUUCUGUACCUGGAGAGAGAGUUUAGGCAAAUAACAAUCAGCAAGGAAACCUUCACCAGUGAGAAGAACAAUGAAUGUAAUGAACCCGAGAAAAGCUUCAGUCUGGACUCUCCUAUUGAUGCGGAUCAGAGAGUUCUUAGAAUACAGAAGACCGAUGACAGUGAUAAGUACGACAUGAGCUUCAGCCAGAAUUCAGCCUCUGGUAAACAUGAACACAUAAAUCUAACACAGGAUUUUCAGAGUAGUGAAUGUAAGGAAAGCUUAAUGGAUCUCUCCCACCUUAAUAAAUGGGAGAGCAUCCCUAACACUGAGAAAUCCUAUAAAUGUGAUGUAUGUGGGAAAAUUUUCCAUCAGAGUUCAGCCCUUACUAGACAUCAGAGAAUCCAUACUAGAGAGAAGCCCUACAAAUGUAAAGAAUGUGAGAAGUCUUUCAGUCAGAGCUCAAGUCUUAGUCGACAUAAAAGAAUACACACUAGAGAAAAACCUUACAAAUGUGAAGCAUCUGAUAAAUCCUGUGAAGCGUCUGAUAAAUCCUGUAGUCCAAGCUCAGGCAUUAUUCAGCACAAGAAAAUUCACACCAGAGCCAAAUCUUACAAAUGUAGCAGUUGUGAAAGAGUCUUCAGUCGUAGUGUCCACCUUACUCAACAUCAGAAAAUUCACAAAGAGAUGCCCUGUAAGUGUACUAUAUGUGGCAGUGACUUCUGCCAUACUUCAUACCUACUUGAACAUCAGAGGGUCCAUCAUGAAGAGAAAGCCUAUGAGUAUGAUGAAUAUGGGUUGACCUAUAUUAAACAACAAGGAAUUCAUUUCAGAGAAAAGCCCUAUACGUGUAAUGAAUGUGGAAAAGACUUCAGAUUGAAUUCACAUCUUAUUCAGCAUCAAAGAAUUCACACAGGAGAGAAAGCGCAUGAAUGUAAUGAAUGUGGAAAAGCUUUCAGUCAAACCUCAUGCCUUAUUCAGCAUCACAAAAUGCAUAGGAAAGAGAAAUCAUAUGAAUGUAAUGAGUAUGAGGGUAGUUACAGUCAUAGCUCAGAUCUUAUCCUGCAACAAGAAGUCCUCACCAGACAGAAAGCCUUUGAUUGUGAUGUAUGGGAAAAGAACUCCAGUCAGAGAGCACACCUGGUUCAACAUCAGAGCAUUCAUACCAAAGAGAACUCAUGAAUGUAAUGAAGAUGGGAAGACAUUUAGUCAAAUUCAGGCUUCAUUCAGCAUCUGAGCGUUCACACCAGAGAGAAAUCAUGUAUGUACUGCAUGUGGUAAAACCUUCAGUCAUAGCUCAACCAUUGCUCAGCAUCAGAUAAUUCACACCAGAGGGAAACCCUCUGAAUGUGACGAAUGAAGAAAAGGUAUUAGUGUUAAACUUCUAAUUGACUCCGGAAAUCGAUACCAGUGAGAAAUCUUAUAAAUGUAUUGAAUGUGGUAAAUUUUUCAUGCUGUUAAUAUUUUCAUAUCUUAGUCACAUUCGGAUAAUUCACACGGGAAUAAAAUUCCAUUGCUGCAGUGAAUGUGAAAAAGCCAUCAGUCAAAGAAACUACCUUGUUUAGUAUCAAAUUCAUGCCAUGCAAAAAGAUUAUAAAUGUAAUAAACAUGUAUGUGUGUGAGGAGAUUCAGUCAUAACCCAACACUCAUUCAACAUCAAAGAAUUUAUACCUAAGAUAACUUAUUUGAGUGUAGUAAAUGGCAAAUCUUUCAAUAGGAGUUUAGUCUUUGUCAUAUCAGAAUAUCCGUAGUAGACAAGAAUUUGAUGUAAUGCAAAUGGAAAAGCUUGACACCACAUUUCAGGCUUUACCCAACAUCAAAAUAAUGGAGAGAAAAUUGUUGAUUAUUUGUUUAUGAAAUUGUUAAUAUGUAGUCCCAAUCUUUUUCAUUACACAAAAAUUUAGGGUUGACUUGGUAAAUGCAGUGCCAUUUUCUCAUGGAGUUCCUUUAUUUAAUAUGUAUUCUAAGUAGGUACAUUUAUUUUUACUUUUUUAUUAUAAUUUUGAUAUUAAAAAGAACAGAGAUGGGGUCUUGCUUUGUUGCCCAGGCUGGUCUCAAAUUCCUGGCCUCGAGCAAUCCUCCCACCUGUCCUCCCAAAGUGCUGGGGUUACAGGCGUGAGUCACUGUGCCGGGCCUAUUUUAUUCAUAGAACUCAUUUAAGCUGUUUUUAUUUUAAUAUGCCCUAUAAACAUUUUUAUUUUUUUUUUGAAAUUGGUUCUUAGUGUUCACAACUUCCGUAAGAUACUGCUAAUGCACCAGUGUUAAAAUACAUCGACAUAAGUAGCUCAUUUAGCUUUUUCUGCUGUUCUUGGCCUAAGUUCUCUCCAAAACCAACUCUUAGGCCUGCUCUUUACUAGGGAUCCUAUGUCAUAUUGCUUUACAGCCACAACACUUGGAUUCCUGUUGAUUAACUUCUCCAUUCUCUUAAGCACCUUUAGAAGAUUUAGAAGUUUCCUAAUUUUAAGCGUUUCACCAGCAAGUAUUCCAUACCUACUUGAUGUUGCUGGUCUGGUGUCUUAUUUCCUAAAGCGAAGCAUCUUUUUUAGAAAAAUAAUUGGAUUGAAAAUACAUCCAGUCCAAUGUAAGUAUGAAGGAUUCUCUCUCCUGAGAUUGUAGCAGGCAGCCAGACAUUUUCAAAUGAUGCCCAAGGUUUUAGCUGUCUUAUGUGCAUCCACAGUCUGCGAAGAAGAGAGAUGAUAAGGACAUCAGGGAGCCACCAAGACUCCUGGUAGCCUCACUACAUUCAUCCAGUGCCUAUUCUGCAUGCCUAAGCUUAGAGUUCUUUUAUAUACCUCUCAGGCCAGCAAAAUGCUCAGGUCUGCUUUUGGUAGGGUAAACAAAGAAGAUACACAGGCUGGGCGCGGUGGCUCACACCUGUAAUCCCAGCACUUUGGGAGGCUGAGGCAGGUGGAUCACGAGGUCAGGCGAUCCAGACCAUCCUGGCCAACUUGGUGAAACCCCGUCUGUACUAAAAAUACAAAAAUUAGCCGGGCGUGGUGGCGUGUGCCUGUAAUCCCAGCUACUCAGGAGGCUGAGGCAGGAGAACCGCCUGAACCUGGGAGGUGGAGGUUACAGUGAGCUGAGGUCGCGCCACUGCACUCCAGCCUGGGCGACAGAGCAGGACUCUGUCUCAAAUAAAUAAAUAAAUUAAUUAAAUAAAAACACACACAAAUCAGCAUCAUAUGGGAAUGUAGCCUUCCAACAGAGAUGAUGCUGUUCUUAUGUUAAUCUCAGAGACAGUAUUUCAAGAGUGGCAGGUCUGUUCCUGGUAAAAUUUUAACCAUUAGGAUUGCAGAUAAAUAUUGAAUUCUGCUUCCCCCCUCAUCAAUCCAGGACAGUAUUUGAAGUGUGAGGGCUUUGUGUAUAGUUGUUUAUCCAUUGCCACAUUUUUGUAUUUUAAUAGUCUACAGGCUAUAUAAAAGAACAUGGCUUUUUGAUUGAUAAAAGUGAUUACAGAUGUUGGCUCAAGUUCAGGGCCACCAUCAUACACCGAACAAGAGUUCAUGAUUCUUUAGGUAAUGUCAAAACAUUUUGUAUUUUUCUGUCUUAAGCUUUAUAACAUUUUGUGAGUGAGACAGAUGUUUAAAAUUCUUGUUGUCAGUCCAGCAAUUGAGGCUUUCAUAGUUCAGUGUUAAUAAUAUUCAGUAGGGACCCUCAACAAAUAUAUAAAAAUAUAUUGCUCACUCUGUAAUCUUCCUAUGGCUAACCUCUAGGAUAGUUCUGCCACUAUAUUUUACUUCUUUGCCAUCAGCAAGAAUAGGAUCUCAUCAAGGCAAGGUAGGAAUCUAAAUGAAAUUGAUAUAUAAAUGAAUUGAUCUAAAUGUAAAAGCAAAUGAAAAAUGCAUGUGUUUUUUCCUAUCAAACAUGUAUACCCUUAUGUAUAGAGACCAGUAGUCACCUGUGGUGACUGAAACAGGAUUAUGUAAUCCCUAAAAAGCAGAAUAUGUAAAAAUCACAUGUAUGCAUUUGGUUUAGGAAUGUGCUUUUGUACUUCCACUUGAAUAAAGGUGUGUUUGGUAUUCUGAGAA